CACACCAAGGAAGUUGGGGUUCGAGGAGAAUUCCAUCCCACUACCAGGAGGAGAGUACGUCCCAUCUUAGCACUGCUUCCCAAGUUUUUAGAAUUUUCUCUCUCUGUUACUCCAGGGGAUUAUGUUACUUAUGAAGCCUUCUGUGUGCAUCUUUCUUCUCACCUGCGUCCUCCACCUCAGCCAUACCUGGUAAGUAAAUAACAUCUGCAUUUUGACCCCUGUGUCCCCGAAGGCUUACCUGAUCUACUCCAGCAGUGUGGCCGCUGGUGCCCAGAGCGGGAUUGAAGAAUGCAAAUACCAGUUCGCCUGGGACCGCUGGAACUGCCCUGAGAGAGCCCUGCAGCUGUCCAGCCAUGGCGGCCUGCGCAGUGCUAACCGGGAGACAGCCUUCGUACACGCCAUCAGUUCUGCCGGCGUCAUGUACACUCUGACUCGGAACUGUAGCCUUGGGGAUUUUGACAACUGUGGCUGUGAUGACUCCCGCAACGGGCAGCUGGGGGGCCAAGGCUGGCUGUGGGGAGGCUGCAGUGACAACGUGGGCUUCGGAGAGGCAAUAUCCAAGCAGUUCGUUGAUGCCCUGGAGACCGGACAGGAUGCCCGGGCAGCCAUGAACUUGCACAACAAUGAGGCCGGCCGCAAGGCGGUGAAGGGCACCAUGAAACGCACGUGUAAGUGCCACGGCGUGUCUGGCAGCUGCACCACGCAGACCUGCUGGCUGCAGCUGCCGGAGUUCCGCGAGGUGGGCGCGCACCUGAAGGAGAAGUACCACGCAGCUCUCAAGGUGGACCUGCUGCAAGGUGCUGGCAACAGCGCGGCCGGACGCGGCGCCAUCGCCGACACCUUUCGCUCCAUCUCCACGCGGGAGCUGGUGCACUUGGAGGACUCCCCAGACUACUGCCUGGAGAACAAAACGCUAGGCCUGCUGGGCACGGAGGGCCGAGAGUGCCUGCGGCGCGGGCGCUUCUGCAGCCGCGCGGAGCGGCCGCGGGGGGGCGCUGCGCACAAACCCGCGAGAAAACCCUAAGGGUCUCCCCUCCCGCUCCUUUCCCCAUUUGUCCUCGGCUUCUUUUAGAGACCCCAGUAAUAGAGGAACCUCGAGAUGCGGAUCCCGCACUCGCAAGCCCAGGGUCCCGAGAGAGGCUGCUAUCUCCGGGGAUGUCAUUUUCCAACCUGUUUCCCAUUUCCGGGGCUCUCUCUGGGAGCUGUCUGAAGGGUCCUCACGGCCCACACUUACUCUGAGAACUUUCUGAGGUUUGACCUAUUGAUCUUCUUUGGACGAGGAUGAGAAUAGAUGGUCCUCCUCCCCGUCCUAGUUGCCCUAACGCUGGACCUAGCCUAUGGAGCCGUAGGAACAGGAAGACCCCCGCUCAAAUAUACAGGGGGCUGGGGGUGGGGGGAGCCUUGGCUUCCCUCUUGUCCAUUUUUGCGCCCCGCCCCCUUUUCUGCCAGGUCUCUAUCACAGCUACAUCUUCCUUCUGCAGAGCCACUCCCCAGGAAUCUCUAAUGCUUUCUCUCCCCUUCUCCCUUCCCCUCUUUACCUAAAGAGAAACUGUGAGAAAACUGACCCAGGGAAAGCAUGUGCUGGGGGACCUGUUCUUGGGGCAAGGGUUGAAGAUGGGGAAAGUGGGUACCCUAGAGUGCUGCCUGCUGAAAACCCAGGGUGCUACUCAUCCUGUGACUCCGUGUCUAAUGGACUUUACCGGUGGGACAAUGACUUCCUGACAAUCAGCAAGGUGCUCCAGACACAUACCCACAAGGUCUAGGAACUAUGUAAGGUCAGAUGGCCAGUCAUUUCCUACCCUUUAAGUUACCCUCCCUGCCCCUAA